CAAAUUUAAUAUUUUAUAUAUUUAUCUGUUCUUUUCUUAUUAAAAUUUAUUAUGUCUUCAUUUAAAUUUUUCUCUUUAACACCAGAAGAAGAAGAAGAAGAAGGAAGCUCUUACAGUAUUUCUCAAUUAUUAAUAGAAGAAGAGGAUACAUGCAUUUCUUGGAUUGAUGACUCAGAAUGCCAAGAAAACCUAUUUCAAAUUAUUUCUCUUACUCCAGAAGUAGCUAUAAUUGAUAAAGAAAAUCAUAUUGUUCACUCUUCAUAUUCGUUCUUUUUUAAAGAAUUAGGCUAUUUUACCGAAGAACCUGAACCAAUUGACCCAAGUUAUGAUUAUGAACUAGAAGCAAAAAAUUUUCUUCUUCAACGAGAUAAACAAACUCGUAAGAAGCACAUCUGUCUUUCACGUAUACCUUCUCUAGAAUAUGGUUGUCCUAGAUCAGGCCUAUCUUCUUCUUCUUCUUCAGUACAUCAUGAAUCUCAAUUAGUGGAUAUUCAAUCACCUUAUUUUAUGGGAGUAUUAUCCUACCCUUCUUCUUCUUCUUCUUCUUCUUCUACUGCUACUAAUAAUAACUACCAUUUAGACACUAAAUGUCACCCUUAUCAAUACCGUUCAAAUAGAGUAUCUUAGAAGAAGAGGAAAAUAUAUACAUCUACAUCUACA